GGAGAGAACGCGGGGUUCUGCAGCCCGAGAGGCCUGAUGGAGAAUCCCAGGAGCCUCAACAGUGAUGAUAUGGAGUUAAGGAAUGAGACCACAAAGGCAACUCCAAAAGAAAACAUUACAGGAGAAGAAUCAUCCCAUGGGGUAAAAAUAGAAAAACUCAUAUGGGCUGAUCUUUGCUAUUCUACUUUUACGGUAAUUGGGAAAAGUGAGAGUCAGAAAAAAAGGCAGCAGGUAAAGCUGGGAAGUAAUGUGAGAAAAAUGACUAAACCUCAACAGAUUCAUCCUGGAGACAACUGUCAUAAAUAUAGUGAAUGUGGUAAAGCCUUCAGUCAACACUCAAACCUUACAGAACAUAAGAAGAUCCCUACUGGAGAGAAGCCUUUUAAAUGUAAGGAAUGUGAGAGAGCAUUCACUUGCAUCUCAAGACUUAAUCGGCAUCAGAAGAUUCAUACUGGAGAGAAGCCUUAUAAAUGUAAUGAAUGUGGUAAAACUUUCAUUCAGAGCUCAAAUCUUAUUCGACACCAGAUGGUUCAUACUGGAGAGAAGCUUUUUAAAUGUAAUAAAUGUGGAAAAGCAUUCACCCGCAAUUCAAGACUUAUUCGACAUCAGAAGAUUCAUAUGGAAGAGAAGCCUUACAUAUGUGAUGAGUGUGGAAAAGCUUUCAUUCAGAGCUCAAAUCUUACUCGACAUCAAAAGAUUCAUACUGGAGAGAAGCCUUAUAAAUGUAAUGAAUGUGGGAAAGUAUUCACUCGCAAGUCAAGACUUAUUAGACAUCAGAAGAUUCAUACUGGGGAGAAACCUUACAAAUGUAAUGAAUGUGGGAAAACGUUCAUUCAGAGCUCAAAUCUUAUUCGACAUCAGGUGAUUCAUACUGGAGAGAAGCCUUAUACAUGUAAUGAAUGUGGGAAAGCCUUCAUUCAGAGCUCAAAGCUUGUUAGGCAUAAGAUGGUUCAUGCUCGAGAAAAGCAUUAUAAGUGGAACAAAUGUGGGAAAGCCUUCAUUCAGAGCUCAAACCGAGUUAUGCAUCAGAUGAUUCAUAUCGCAGAGACGCCUUAUAAAUGUAACGAAUUUGGGAAAGCCUUCAGUCAAUGCUCAAACCUUACAGAACAUAAGAAGAUCCCUACUGGAGAGAAACUCUUUAAAUGUAAUGAAUGUGAGAGAGCAUUUACUUGCAUCUCAAGACUUAAUCGACAUCAAAAGAUUCAUACUGGAGAGAAGCCUUAUAAAUGUAAUGAAUGUGGGAAAACCUUCAAUCAGAGUUCGAAUCUUAUUCGACACCAGAUGAUUCAUACUGGAGAGAAGCUUUAUAAAUGUAAUGAAUGUGGGAAAGCCUUCACUCGCAAGUCAAGACUUAUUCGACAUCAGAAGAAUCACACUGGAGAGAAACCUUACAAAUGUGAUGAGUGUGGGAAAACUUUCAUUCAGAGUUCAAAUCUUAUUCGACAUCAGAUGAUUCAUAUUGGAGAAAAGCCUUAUAAAUGUAAUGAAUGUGGGAAAGCCUUCAUUCGAAAGUCUCACAUGAUCCUACAUCAGAGGACACAUAUUAGAGAAAAGCCUUAUAAAUGUAAUGAAUGUGGGAAAGCGUUCAUUCAAAGCUCAAACCUAGAUAAGCACCAGAGAAUUCAUACUGGAGAGACACCUUAUAAAUGUAAUGAAUGUGGGAAACCUUUCUUCAUAAACUCUUCCCUGGUUCGGCACCAGCGGAUUCAUACUGGAGAGAAGUCUUAGAAAGGCAAUCAGUGUGGCAAAGUGUUCUAUAACUCUUCACAUGUUAUUUGAUAAUAUUCCUUCAGAAAGGAAUAA